AUGGAAGACAAGGGACAAUCAUCAGAGAAAUCUAUCUUAGAGGCGCAGCUGGAAGAGCUUAUGAGCGAGACGCACAGCAACAUCACACCCACGCACUCACUCUCCCACGCCACAGCACCUGCCCCGCACCUGCUCUCCUCUGCUGCCAUUGCUCUGCUGCUCAACAACGCUCUCACGCCUCUGCCUGCCGCCGCUGCUGCACCGGCCUCGCACUCGCAGUCCUCCUCCAUGUGUGGAGCCACCCCACGGGGGAGAAACGCUGGCGAGAGAGGCGCUGGCGCUGGCGAUGGUGACUGGCGUCGACCAUGGCGGCGGAGAGGCGCGGAUGCAUCUGGGAAAGGCGCGGAUGCAUCUGGGAAAGGCGCGGAUGCAUCAGGGAAAGGCGCGGAUGCAUCUGGGAAAGGCGCGGAUGCAUCUGGGAAGGCGCGGAUGCAUCUGGGAAAGGCGCGGAUGCAUCUGGGAAAGGCGCGGAUGCAUCUGGGAAAGGCGCGGAUGCAUCUGGGAAAGGCGCGGGUGCAUCAGGGAAAGGCGCGGAUGCAUCUGGGAAAGGCGCGGAUGCAUCAGGGGAAAGGCGCGGAUGCAUCAGGGGAAACGCGUGGAUGCAUCAGGGGGAAGGCGCGGAUGCAUCAGGGGGGAGGCGCGGAUGCAUCAGGGGAAACGCGCGGAUGCAUCAGGGGAAACGCGCGGAUGCAUCAGGGGAAACGCGCGGAUGCAUCUGGGAAAGGCGCGGAUGCAUCUGGGAAAGGCGCGGAUGCAUCUGGGAAAGGCGCGGAUGCAUCUGGGAAAGGCGCGGAUGCAUCUGGGAAAGGCGCGGAUGCAUCUGGGAAAGGCGCGGAUGCAUCAGGGGAAACGCGCGGAUGCAUCAGGGGAAACGCGAGGAUGGAUCAGGGGGAAGGCGCGGAUGCAUCAGGGGGGAGGCGCGGAUGCAUCAGGGGAAACGCGCGGAUGCAUCAGGGGAAACGCGCGGAUGCAUCAGGGGGAAGGCGCGGAUGCAUCUGGGAAAGGCGCGGAUGCAUCUGGGAAAGGCGCGGAUGCAUCUGGGAAAGGCGCGGAUGCAUCUGGGAAAGGCGCGGAUGCAUCAGGGAAAGGCGCGGAUGCAUCAGGGAAAACGCGCGGAUGCAUCAGGGGAAACGCGUGGAUGCAUCAGGGGGAAGGCGCGGAUGCAUCAGGGGGGAGGCGCGGAUGCAUCAGGGGAAACGCGCGGAUGCAUCAGGGGAAACGCGCGGAUGCAUCAGGGGGAAGGCGCGGAUGCAUCAGGGGGAAGGCGCGGAUGCAUCAGGGGGGAGGCGCGGAUGCAUCAGGGGAAACGCGCGGAUGCAUCAGGGGGAAGGCGCGGAUGCAUCAGCGCGGAUGCAUCAGGGGGAAUGCAUCAGCGCGGAUGCAUCAGGGGAAGGCGCGGAUGCAUCAGGGGGAGGCGCGGAUGCAUCAGGGGGUAGGCGCGGAUGCUUCAGGGGGUAG